AGGGUACUUCCCUGCACUGACGCACUGACAAGGGUUUUUCUUCAAGAAUAUUCCUUAUAAUUGUAUUGGAAGUUAUUUAAAUCGGCGAUAUUAGUAAAUAUUGUUAGAUUUUUAGGCCUAUAUUUAUUUUAUUUAUUUUUAAAAAGUAGCCUAUAUUUUAAAAAUUGGUAUUAUAAAUGUGAGUGUUUACUUUAUCAGUAAAUGUAAAUAUAUUCAGAAUAUGCCACUUCAUGGCGUUUUUUUUCUUCUUUCCAGAUCCAGGCUUUAAGUACAUCAGGACGCAGGUCACCCAGUUCCUUGGCUUUGUAACCAUGACUAGUGUUUGAUCUCGCCACUCACAAAUGCUCACUAGAGGUCAAAGGUAAUGUUGUCUUAUUUUUUGCUCCCCGUGCCUCUCGUUUUUCAGUCUCGGAGUGAACAGAAUAGAAUAGUUAGGCCUCUUUUUAUUAAUCUAACAAGAACAUCCAGCAAAUUAUUAUGGCGUAAGGCAAGCUUUCAGUUAUUUUGCUACCUAUUAUCUGGAAUUAUGCUAGAUAGGCCUAAGCAUAAUAAUAAUAAGUAAUAAACCCCAGCUUUUUUUUUGGGCCCACCUGCCUAAUGACAUAAUUUGUAUUUAAUUUUUUUUACAGUUGGCCUACAUAACAUCAUUAUGAUUAUCAUUAAAGUUGCCUAUAUUGGAAAUAUUAAUAUGUGUAAUUAAGUUACGUUAUUUUAUGCUUUCUUUUCAUACUAACCGUUUCUCACAGUGCAUUACUACUAUCUGGUGUUAUUGCUGCGGUCAGUGUAUUCAUCAUUUCCCUCAUCCCGUCACCCAUUGACCCAGUUCCCAUCUAGUAAGUUCAUUACAUCAUUUUAUCAAUACUAACAGGACAAUGUUUUUAAUAAAGUGGAUGAGUUUACGUUUAGUUAAACAUUUCAUAUGCGAGACUGGAGAAACAAGACAAUUUAAUAAUAAAAAUUAGCUGGAGUUUGAACUUUUUAGUUAAUUUAUUUUUAAAAUUAUUUAUUCCAGACUUCUUAGUCUACACAGCCAGGGGCUUAGGCCUAAAAGGAGGUUUAAUAAACCAUUUAGGAUUAAUAAACCUUUUAGGAAGGUUUAAUAAACCUUUUAGGCCUAGGCCCCUGGCUGUGUAGACUAAGAAGUUUAUUUCACCCACUGUGUAGGCCUAUAUUCAAAAUUAAACUCCUUGAUAAUACAAAGAGAAUUGACUUUUAAUAAACAUCAAAUUCAACUUGUGAGAUAAUUUUUAUAGUUAAGCGAGGCCAAUAACUUUAUUUGCAUUAUUUUUACAAAAAUUCUUGUUAUGGUUGGUAGGGCAAAUCAUUUGAUACUAUGCUAACGUUUCCAAAAUUACUGGUAAUAGACUAUGAAGAUCUGUGAUAUUUUAUUUUGUUUCUCAUGAUAUCUUCUUAUCUAGCUUGAGUGACCAACUACCUGUGCUUGAUGGACCCCUGCAGAUUAACUCUCGCCUACAGAAAGUAACAAAGUUGUUUUCUGGUCAGUUAUUGGGUCCAGAAUCUUUCGCAGUAGGACCUGAUGGUAAGUAAAUGGUUGCACUUUUUGAGAAUAAUGGCUGCACUUUUUCAGCUGCACAUCUUUCUUAGAUGGGAGAUGAAACCCCACUUUAAAAAAAAUUUCAAAAUUUUUCUGGGCUGGUGUAGUCCUUAUUUUAGAACAUAUGAAAGUACUCAUUGGAAGAUGAUUUCCUAUUCAAAUAAAGCACAACUUCUUUAGGUUUGUUUUUGAAACCAAUAUUCUUGAAUAGUAUUGGAAAUACCACGUGUUUAGUCCUAUGGCACUAAAACAUUCUAUCUGUAACAACACUCCUACUAAUAUCUUUAAAAAAAAGAAACAUUUGAGGUUCUGCUAAUCAUUUAUUAGAAGGCAUGAAAAUUGGAUUAAUUUUUCGCUAGAUUCAGAAAAGAUAUUUAAAAAAAUAAGAUACAAGCUAAUUAUUUGGCAUUACCGAAUAAUGGUUUUUUUUUUGGUGGUGUUGAUGGGAGCAUUGCUGCAAAAACACCUUUUGAAUAUUUAUCUAUAAACAUUUAAUAAUAUAGAUCUAAAUGAUAUGUGAAGAAAGGUAAUGGAAUAUACGCUUAUAGCCAAUUUCCUUACUAAAAUAUUAAGACACAAUAUUCACCAGUAGUAUUGAUUUUUUGUUGUUGAAGGAUCUAUAUACACAGGGACUGGAGAUGGUAGGAUCUGGCGAUUCAAGGAUGGUCACAUGAGCAUGGUUGCUAGAACUGGUAUUGACCAUCCAGAUUGUGGUAGGUCCCAUAAAGUAUUUAUACAAUAACAAGGAAUGACCUGUCACAAUGACACAAACAGAAUAUUCUGCUUAAAGCACAUUAAAAUUUUGGAAUUAAAUAUAUUUUUAAAAAUGUCAUUGAAUGUUGAUGUAUGUUUUUUAGAAUUUUUUAAAAUGCAAGCCUAAAAAAAAUGAAAGGGUUUUGUAAAUAUAGUUGCUUUGAAUAGGAGGUCUAGCCAUUUUUCAGCCUGUAAAAAUGCUGUUUGAUAUGUAGUUAUGUAGAAAUAUACAUAACUGUUGAUGCAAUUUUAUACAAUAAGGAUGGUGAUUUAAUUAAUCCAUAGUUAAGAGUUAUUGCCCCUUGAAGCCACAUCUACCACCUAUACAUAUUUUAGGUCAUUAUAUUGUUUAGAUGGCAGUUUUAAUAUUUUAGUGUGUUUGGUGGUCUAAAGCAGGGGUCCUCAAACUACGGCCCAUGGGCCAGAUCUGACUCUACAGGGGACCUUUAGCUAGCCUGCCUGGCUGCCGCAUGAGGACUCAGCUAGAAGCCAAAAAUAAGGCACUAGAUAUUGAUUUUCUAUUUAGCCAAACCAGGACCAUUCUUCCAUUGAAAUACUAAUAUACACUAAUUUUAAAUUAUAGUCCCAAUACCAACAUUGUCUGAGAGACAGUGAGCUGAGGGACAGUGAACUGGCCCCUUGAUUAAAAAAAAAAUAAUUGAAGUUAUUAAAAAGACAAACAGAUUGGGAUGUCAAUUAGGGAAAGCAAAAUUUAGGAAGUGAAUUAAAAUAUAUGCCUUGUAGUUAUUAGUCCCGACGCAAAAUAUUGUUAAUUUGAAGUGAAUGUAUCAUGGUUUCCUGCCUAAAGUAUGUUCUCUCAUAUAACAGGUAAAUUUCACAUGGAACCAGUCUGUGGACGUCCAAAAGGAAUCAAGAUGAACAGUAAAGGAUAUCUGAUAGUGGCAGACUCAUACAAAGGCAUUCUUGAAGUCAAUGUUGACACUGGAGACAUCAGGGUGUUAUUAGAUAGUAGGAUAUUAGGAUAAUAAUAUGUGCACUUAAUUACAUUACAUAAUAUAAAUCCCAGCUUUGAAUAGAUAAUUUUCACAGUACUAAAUCAAAAUGAUAAAUAUAUUUAUGUCGGUAAGGCAACAUUUUGUAAAUAAAUAGAUAAAAACCAUGUUAAUUAACUCUUCUUUUCAAAUCUUCAAUGAAGUAAAAAAAAAAAAAAUUAAUUAUCCCCCUAUUGCAGUUCUAUAUAGAAAACAAAUAUAAUAUUCUAAUAGUAGGUCCAUUGCUAAAGUUCUUCAGCCUGGUGAAGACCUAAUGCAGUAGCAAUCUGAAAAUCUACUAAACCAGGGUUUGCCAACCUUUUUUAUUGUCUGCAACCCUGUGAUAUGUUAUGUUAAACUAAGUCAUGAAUCCCCUAAGCAAUUGACUAACUCUUGCAACCCAUACAAAAGGUAAAAUGAAUUUUAAAAGUGAAAACAAAAAUUGAAUUAUUUCUUCUAAUGAAUCGCAAAGAAAUUUUGUAUAGCUAACUAUAAGCUUGUGACUUAUUACUUAAAGGAAAAUUUUAAUAAAGAAAUUAAAAAAAAAAAAAAAGGUUCACAUCAUAACUUAAGUCCAUUUGUUCUUAUAAUCACUUUUCCUCACAACCUCUGAAAUUCUACCUUGCACCACCUGGGGUUGCAAGGACCCCACAUUGGAAAACCAUGAACCAAAACAUUGGGAAGUGGUGCAAGAAAUGUUAGAAUAUUCAAUGCUUCAUGUCCUUUUCCGUUUAGAAUGUAUUUAUUAAAGUAAGAUUGAUUAUUAAAAAUAUAAAUACAAGUUACAUCUAGUAUUCCUCAAUUUCUUAGAGUUUAAUGGGUCAAGAUUUGUGUUUCUCAAUGGCCUUGAUAUUGGUUCAGAUGGCACCAUUUACUUCUCUGACUCAAGUACCAAGUGGGAAAGGCGAAAUUAUCGGUAUGAGGUAAGUCUGGGUGACUAAAAAUAAAAAAUAAUCAGUUGUAAUGAUCCAUUGUAAAUAAAAUAGGUAACUCCACAAAAUGACAAAAAUAUUAUGAGUAAUAGUAGGUACAAAACAUAAUGACAUAGUCGUAAGCAUGUGGAUUUAUUAUUAAUACAAAUAUUUAUAGUCAUUGUGUGUGAUGUGGGGGGGACUCUGUUGUCACAUAAAAAAUGACUUGGGUGGCGCCCCGAAUUUGCCCUGGAAAAACUACUCCACUGGUAAAUUAUGUUGGAUAUAAAGAAAUAAAAUUCAGCCAAAGAAUGAUGUAUUGGGAUAUAAGAAAAGUGAAAAGUUUAUUGAACAAUUUUAAACAUUUUGUUGGCAAUUAACAUAACAAAAAAUUGGCAUUUGAAAGCAUACAAAAUAAAUACUUAUUAAAUUUAUGUAUUUUAGUAAGGUUAAGUUAAAUUAAAUAUUUAUUGUGUACAAUUUAUAACACUUUGAGAUUUAAAAAUCUACUUUUUUUGGUUGGAAAUUGUAGGUGAUUGAGACAAAUAAACUUGGUCGUGUCAUAGCCUUGAAUCCCCUGACCUUGCAGGCAAGACUCUUACAAGAUGGCCUUUACCUUGCUAAUGGGCUGUGCCUUGCACCAGAUGACAGUUUCCUGCUAGUUGCUGAGAUGAGCAUAUCAAGGAUAUCAAAGUAAUUUAAAAAUUCUUCAUUAACCAUUAAAUAGAAUUGUGUAGGAGAUGAUAUUUUUUAUUUUCAAGUAAGUUCUCUUUUAUGUUAGCUCCAUGCAGUGGUGUUUUUAACACGUUUCAAGUGCCACUUAAACGACCUAUGAUGUAACCCAAAGGCUCUACUACAUUUCUCUUGCUGUCCUCUUGGAUACAUUUCAGCUGAGUUUUUAAAUUUUGAUAUUUGUGUUACUCUUUAUUUGUACUGUUUGCUUCUUGCCAAAAUGAUCAUAGUUUUGUUUCUUACUUUUUUCAGGUGUUCCCCUACCUUCUCUUUACAUAUUUCUUCUUCUUCUAUAUCUUAAGGGCCCACAAUCAAUUUAUUGAUAAUUUUGGCUCCUAUGCAUGUAGAUGGGAUUUGCAAUGUUUCUGUUCCUGGUGUUGAUGAGGAAAUUUCACUGAUUUCCAGUGCCAGUUAAUGAGGGAAUCAUGCACUAGGGGUUUGAAGGCUUGAGGCAAUAGACACAAUAGACAGACCCAUUAGUGUAUCUUGCCAGGCCAUUUCACAACUAUUCACUGCUCUAGAGACCUUUGUGAGACAUUCUAGUCAAACUCUGCAUGCUGCAUUAUCUGUUAUAGCAGUGAUUCUCAAACCAUUCUGACUUCUGAGAGAUGAUCAGACAAAGGGCAAUUAAAAAAAAAAAAUUUAAUAAUAUUUUCAUUUGCAGAUCAGUGAUUGAGUGGUCUUGGACUAGCUUUUUCAGAAGAACUGGGUUACAUCAUUUAUUUAGUUCAAAUUAGUUUACACAAAUGGUAUGAAAAAAAUUUGAUAAAAAAUACAUAUAUUUUAUUUGCUAGACUUGAAAUGAUCAAACUUUCUUUGGUCUGAUUUCAGAAUCUACUUGAAGGGACCAAAUACAGGACAAGUGGAAGUGUUAAUUGACAAUCUCCCUGGGUACCCAGACAACAUUAAAGAAAAUGACAGGGGAAACUACUAUGUUGGCAUGGGAUCAGUCCGCUUUCAGGGGUCCAGUCCCAUUGGUUCCUUUUUAGACAUUGUGUCACAAUAUCCUUCAAUCAAACGGAUUGUUACCAAGGUAGUAUUAAAAAAAAUAAUUUUUUCUUGAAAUUUUAAUUUAAUUUAUUUUCCAAAAUGUGUACGUUGGAGAAAAAAAUUAUUAAGCUACAUGCCAUCGAUUUGUAUGUACAUAUAGUAAUGGCAUUAAUACCUUUUGGUCUCCCUGUGUCUAAUCAUUUUUGUAAGGCUCAAAGUGUUUUAUCUCAUUUGAAGACCUGGCGUACUAGGCAACACUUUGAUCAAAAUUUAACACAGGAGGACAUUUUAUCCAAAGCUAACAGCAUAUUUUUGUAAAGAAAAGUAUAUAUAAUCUCUUAUGUUUAUUGCUCACUAUGCAGUUUCACUGUCAAAUAAUUUUAUCAUUGUAAGGCAGCACAAGUGAUUUUUUGAAAGCUAUUCUUUAAUAUCUUGAGAAUUUAUUUGUUUUUAGAAAAGGACUUUAAUAAUAAUAAUAAUAAUAAUAAGUGGUCUUAUAUAGCGCGGUACCCCGGCCUAGGGCUGGGCUCACCGCGCUGUACAAAUAUAUAGCAAAGAGGCAUAAUCAUAAUAUUAAAAUAAAAUACAUAAAUGAAAUAAAAACAACAUAUAAGCAAAACAACACCAUAGGUAUAUUCAUCCACCCACACCAGACAUUUUUACAAGGAAACCAGGGGUGCCACUUUUCCGGGCCAUCCCGGAAUUCCGGAUUCGUGAGGCUAAAUAUUUGUCAGUUCCGGAUUCGCGAGUUUUUAUAUUCUCUAUUUCCGGAUUCGCCAGUUCAAUUUAUUCAAAUACGGAUUCUUUCUGGUUUUUUUUUUUUUUAAAGAAUCAACGUGCAACAGAAUUCGCGAAAAACCAGGAAAAUUCCUUGAAAAUGGACGUUAAUCGCCGAUCUCGUCUAUUUUUAGCCUUUCUGUUGACAGAGAGCUAGAGGUUUCCCCUUGCGCAUGCGCUUUACACUACGCGUUUCGAGUACCGUACUACUUCGAUAGACCAGAAAUAUUUAUUUUCUAUUCACGUCGCCAAUCAAGACAUAUUUGAAGUGUUUGGGUAAGCAAAGUGUAAAAUUUAGUAAAUAUCUUUUUAAUUUAGUUUUUAAUUGUUGGGUAACCAUUAUCAUAAAAAGAAAACUACUCGUCUGAGCGCUGUCUAACAAGACUAAGCUUAGCGUACUUUGUUAUGUAGCUUUACUGUAUGCAGGCGACUUGUAUUUUUUUUUUAUUAGAAGAGCUAGGACUAGGCGGCGUUUAACUUUUUUUUAAAGACUUCUUAAGUUCACUUUACAUUUAAUUACGGAGUAAGCCUUCUAAUUUUAAAUAGGCCAAUAUGAUUAAGUUAUUUUUAUCCGUUCUGUAGAGAGCCUGACAUAACCGUAUUUAGUUAGUUUUUAUUUAUUAGUUAUGCACUCCCGUGUUCUGACUCUGGGUAUACUACUUUACGGUAAUUUGUAAUUCUACUAUUAGUAUUCAUAAUGCUCUGUAUUACCGUAGCAGUAGUGCCGUAGUUAAAUUUAAAUACUGGUAUAAUAUAGUCGAUAUUAUUAUUAUGUAUGCCUUACUAUAAACUAUAAAUCUAAUAAUAUUUUAUUUUGUUUCACUAUUCAGGAUCUAGGCUCAAUAAAAAUAUGUAAUGCCCAACAGUUAACAGUUCCUUUAACUUUAAAGAACUGAUGGGCAUUACAGUUACAGUACAGCAAUUGGCAAUCAUGAUUGAAUAAGCAUUCAAUGAAUACUAUGCUGGAAAUAUUGAUAUCAAGUAUUCAAGGGGAAAAUGUCUGAGUCAAUCAUCUUUAUCACCCAUCUUAGGUGUCCACUUUUGUAACUUCUCAAUUUAUGAAAUUUAUGUGUCAAACUAUGAAACUCUCACACUUGGGAGAUAGUAUAGACACUAAAGUGUGUUGAUUCAAACUAUCCAUUUUCAUCAUAAAGAAGACAACAUUAACUCCAUAUAUGAAAAGAUAAUUUCCACUUGUGGUAGCUAUACUUUUGUUCUAAAAUGCCCAGAUAACUCAUUGCAAAAGUUGACUUUUCAAGUCUAAGUAAAUUGAAAAAUUGCUAUUGCUGUAAAUUUAAUAAAUACUAAUAAAUGUUUACAUGUAUACACCUUAAUUGCUUAAUUUUGUUCAUUUGUGAUGUAUCUCAAUGUUUUAUUUGAUAAUUUUAUGCUUGUUUUUAUAUUAAUCAACAAAAUGCUGCAUUGCGAUAAUCAGGAAUUUUGAGUUUCAUUAAGUUUCAGGGAUUGAAAAAUUUGUAAAUGAAGUUUCAGGUUUCAAGAAAUUUUUAGAAAGGGAUUUCAGGGUUCACAGGUUUCAGUGAGUGGCACCCCUGAAGGAAACCCAUGUACGUUUAUCGGUUUAUAGGAGGAGACUCAGUCAGAGUAGUAGGAGCCAGAAUGAUCAAUUCAUUGAUUGUGGGCCCUCAAAAUAAAGAAGAAGAAGAACAAUUAAUAAUAAUAGUGAAGUUGUUUUUCUGUGGCAUUGAGAAAGAAAUUCUUUUCUAAAAAAAUAAUUCUAUAAGCUUCACUAUUGCAUGGCCAUAUUUCUGAAAUAAACUUGUUGUGUAAAGCUCUAUUUGGAAACUGUGAUCUUAGAUGAGUAAGUGAUUGAUAUUGUGCUUGCAAAUACCUUUAGGCCACAGGAUAAACCUGUAAAAUCGAUCUAUAAGUAACUAGAAUAAAUGGCCCGAUGUUAUCGGGAUAAUAAUGGUAGAUCCUAUGCGAUAAUUUCUAACUGCUAUUGCAAAAACUCAUCACAAUUCAUAACUUUAAAAAUGUAAUAAUAUUUACGUUUCUAACAUCAUUACGUUUUGAGAAGAAUUCAACUGCUAUAUAUUAUAGGCCUAGCCUACUCCUUUCACGCUCCUAAACUACUUUUUUCCCCCUCUAAACAUGACCUUAAAUUACACAGUCUAAAUUUUUACUAAUUAUAUCACUUUUGUCACUAAAGAAGUUAAUUGAUUGACAAUUACUACUUUAGAGAAAUACUUUAGAUUUACCCCUUUUCGUGCCCUUGAAUUAAAACUUUUAUACUCUAAAAAUUGUUUAAAAAACUUGCCUUAAAUUUACACCAAAAACUCUAUACCGGAAUAUGAUAUAAAAAUAUUUUAUCUUAUAAGAAUUCGAUAUAUAUUGAUAUCUUCAGCAAAAAUUUAAACACAUUUUUUGCCUUUAAAAAAAAAUUAUAUGCUAUCAGAAAAUCGUAAACAAUGAAUUCUUUUAUCUAAAGAAGAAUCGCGCAACCUUUUUUCACGUCUAUGUCAGAUUUGAGUUUUUUUGUUUUUUUUACAUUUAAAUUUUAAUCUCAUAAAAUACAAAUCUCUUUACUUUUUGCAAAUAAAAAACAAAAAUGUAUUUUAAUUUUUUGAAAGUAAAUAUUAACCCAACCCUAUUUUAAGUGUGUAAAAUGAUUGGGUUUUGAUAUUCAUGGGUAUACUUAUAUAAAUUUACCCAAGAUUUGUUAAUGCCGUUGAUCUUCUUAAUUGGUAAACAUACGUUUAUUUGUAAAAAGAGAAUGUAACGUCUCUUUUUUCCACAUAUGUAAUAUCAUAAGAGUUAACUAUAUUGUCAUCCACGUGAAAAUGUACACAUCAUAUUUCCUACCUCUUAAAUGUAUGUUCCCAAGAAGGUUAAUUAUUUAUUAAAUUCAUUCUUUUAUUUUGAGACGUAUCUUGUGCUGCCAGGGGCAAAGUAACCAACCCCUCCCCCACCCAGAUUUAAAUAAAUUUUGAAAAAUCUUCUACCAGAUUCUUUGAUUUCAUUUGAUAUUUAUACAGCGCUGGUAUCUAUGCCACGCUAGCAUGCUCACUGCGCUCUUGUCCUCUGAACUCUAUUGAAACAAAUGUUUUUGUUUCUUAAAGGAUUGUUUAUCAUUUACAAUUCUCCUUAAAGAUUGAGGCAAACUGUUCCAUAAUUUUGGCGCUAUCGCUUUAAAAGAGUGCACUUUGUAAGACUCUUUUCUGUGUUCAUCCACUCUAGGAAAGCUCAGUAAGUACUGUGUUGAAGACCAAAGGCUCUUCAGAAGUACAUAUUUAUAAAGAAUUUCACUGAGAUAUUCUGGUGCUGAGCCAUCUAUGCAGCUUUACGCCGGGACAAAAUUAAUGUAGUCCCUUCCAUACCCAAACUAAAAUAAUUUGCACUUCAUAUGGUUCGUUCUUUUUUGUUUUACCGUAGUUAUAAGUUGAUUAGUCAAUGCUAUUUGGCUAUGGAGUUGCGCUGCACUGUUUGACUUAAACCCUCCAAAACCUGACAUGUGAAAAAUUGACAUUACAUUGUAGUAUACAUGUUAUGGAAUUUACAGCCAUCAUUAUUAUUUUAUCACAGUCUUUAUUCUUUGAUUAUAUUUAAGGUUCGUUAUAAUUUUAAUAAAUGUAUAUUUUUGGAAUUAAAAAAGGCAACACUUUUUAAUGUUAAUAUACACGGCAGAAAUGUGUGUGUUUUAUUAACAAUUUAAAAAGCAAGCAAUUGUAUUUAUUAAUUUUACUUUUAAGAAGGGAAAAUACAGCAUCAGUUUUGUCACGUGCGGUUAUUAAAUUAAAAGAAAACUAAGAGUUUUGGAGAAAUAAGCUAUGAAGUCAUUUGCUGUUUAUUUAGAACAAAUUAAUUUAAAAUUUUAUUUUGCAAUGUUAACAACGCACUAAAAGGGGCACUAAAAACGACUGAUGUUUUGGUUUUCCCAAUAAAUGUGAUUACGGUGUAAUUCUUUGAUCAUGAUUUUUUAAUUUUUUUUAUUUUUUCAUAACUUUUAAACACAUAUAAAAUGCUUAAAAUAGUUCAUUAGUUGAUACUUUAAAUUUAUUUGUAAUUUAUAAUAAUAAUACUUAAACCUUUACUAUAAAUAAAAGCGGAUUUAAAAUUUUUUUUGCGGAUUUAAAUUUAUUCGAUAUCUGUAAAAUAAUAGAAAAUAACUAUGAUUGUUUUUAUGAAUCUGAAGUACUUAAAUCAUAUCUCCCUUGAAGUGUUAGGUCACCCUAGCUCAUUCUUAUAUAUAUAUUACACUUUCCAAUGGUUGCAAAAAACAAAAUUAUUAACAAAUCUUAAAUCAAGUUAUUGCUGUAAGACGUCAGAGGUUAUAAACUAGAGUCAAGGAAUGAAGAUUUUUUUUUUUUUAAAGUUUAUUUUUCACAUUUAGACCAUUGCUGUAUGCUUGGUAUGUAUAAAUAUAUUUUGAUCAGAUGUGUCCAAAAGCUUUUCCUUCUCUCUUCACAGGUGCUGCCCUCCCUUUAUUUUGAUGUUUUCUUGCCAAGACAUGGGCUGCUGUUGGAGAUCAGUUCUGAUGGAGAGAUAGUAACAUCACACCAUGACCCAGGGGCAAAGGUCAUCUGGGGUAUCAGUGAAGCAUACCAGUAUGGAGACGGCAUUUACUUUGGAAAUUUCAAACAAGACUUCAUUGGCUACAUUUCAAAAUCUGAACUUUAUGUUUAGCAAUAAAUAUAUUUUCUCAUUUCAGAUUCCCUUUUCAAAUUUUUAGGCUGAUUUUCAAAUCAAUUUUAUUGAAUUAACGGCAUUGCAAUCUGAAGUUAUUUUUAUUAACUUUACCAUGCAAAUGCAUAAAGUAAAUUUAUUUUUACCGACUUGAUUUGCAACCAUAAUUGAGUUUUACAAUAAGCUAUUUGCUUUGUUUAAAUAUGACAACCAAGGUGAAAUUAAAAUAUGUGUUGGAACCAUCUGGCCUUAAUAAUAACUUUGUUUCUAGAUCAUUUUAUUUCAAUUUGUGAAUAAUUAAAUCUUAACCUCAUGGGUGAAGUACAAUAUAAAUGUACCAGUCAAAGGGUAAUACAGGGAAGAGACUGCAAUCAGAUUAGGUGAGAAGGAACUAAAAACUUGGCUCCAAUGUAGUAACCAAGAGUUACUUUUAUUCUAUAUUUUUUUUUACAGUUUGUUUGCUGGAGAGGCUUCAUGUCAACACUCAUUUGUUUUGUUGCGUC